UUGAAGUCCGAAGACAAGAAACAUACCGUAAUAAUCCUGGACCUGGCCUGGUUGCAUCGACAUAAUCAUUCCGUAGUCAUUAUAGCUACUCAGUCUGAGUUGAUCUUGCUAACGGUAACUGAGUAAUUCUAAAUACUGGUAAAAAAAGUAAUAGCAGGAUACAGUCCAUGUCUAGCGUACAUGGAAAUACCGUACGAGUAUUCGUACUAGCAUGAGAUCCUGGCAUGCCCAUGUUUCGUUCUUGUAGACGACAGUUACUGUAUAUGGCCAAUUUCCCCAAACCAGCAGUUGCAGUCCUAAUUUGUUUGCUCAUAGCAGUUCUGCUCGUUUCAUUGUAUCGUCACGAUGACCCAUCGAGGUUUCCUGUGGACACCGUGGAAGACAAAGAUGCUCACUUUGCCCAUCCUGGGCUCAGCAAGUUGAAAUCCUCGACCAAUCGUCACCCACAACCUGGCCAGGAACAACCCGGCACCCAUGCAGAGCUGAGCUCUAAGUGUACCCCGAAAACUCCGCAGCAGUUGCUCCUGGACUCAAGCAAAAAUCGCCAGUCUAUGUUUUCACAAGCCAAGUUUACUGCUCCUAACUUCUUCCUGAACAUGAACAGCAAAGAAUAUAGGUUUCACAGUGAUGAGGAUGUAAAAAAGCCGAGGAUAGUCUACCUGCAUCAUAACAAAGCCGGUGGGACAUCUAUCAAGACGUGCAUGAGAAGGAUUGCUCAACAUCUAGGCAUGACAGUGACCAAAGCUGUAACAGGAUUCCGAAGACAGCAAAUGGAGAAGCCUGCAGCUACAUCUAAGCAGCUAGCUGCUUCAUCGUUUGACUUGAUCUACGGUGGCUACACGGCAGGCUUGUGCAGUGAAGAGCUCUAUGCAUCCUCUAGGCCAUGCCUCUCCUUCACACUUCUACGAGAUCCAGUGCAUAGACUUGUAUCAAGCUACAUGUAUUGUCAAAGAAACCAGAAAGAUCAGCUAUGUGGCUCAUGGCUGGUGAAUGCAUCUUCAGUGACUUUGAGUCACUGGGCGCAGCAUCAGUCUGGAUUCCUGCUGGCACAACUAUCAUACAUCCCUGCAGACUGCAAAGCCAGUCCCAGCAGUAAACUACCAUGCUGGUAUCAGAUGGUGCAGGCUAUAAAGAAGAGGAGCUGUGGUCAGGAAGACCUCGUAACACUGGCCAAGUGGGUUGCAGAGUGGUUGCCAGAUACAUUCGCCGCCAUUGGCAUGCUUGAUGAGAUGGAACUAUCCAUGAAGAUGUGGGGAAAAGCUUCUGCACUGCCGUUUGAAAACCUGUGUACCGGCCAGGAAAGUAUCUCCCUGAAUGAAAACACUGUUACAGCAGCAGAAGAUACAAAGUCCAAGCUCAUCCAGCUCGCUACAUCUGAUCCCAGUAUACAGAGAGCAUUGAAACUCGAUACCAUUCUCUACGAGAGAGCAAGGGAGAUCUUCAACAAGCAGGCUACUAUUAUGAAGGAAAAGUUCAUGCCCAUCAACAAUGGCUGAUUCUGCAUAUUGGAAGAUGUUACUUCAAGUACAUGUACGUCAUUGUUUAUCUACACCAUGAUGUGCAAGACUGCGUACUGGUCUGCGUUCCAGUGCAUGAUGUGCAAGACUGCGUACUGGUCUGCGUUCCAGUGCAUGAUGCAUGGUGUGGCAUGCAGCCAUCCUUCAGCACUGUUAUAGGGAUAGCUGCAGAGAGAUGAGUGCAACCCUGAGUGCCACCCUGAGUGCAACCCUGAGUGCAACCCUGAGUGCCACCCUGAGUGCAUAAUCAGUGUGCUGCUGCUGCUGGUGAAUGAAGCCGACAGUGACAAGGUUGCCUCUUGAUACUGUACCACCAUGCCGGUGAGGAAGUCGAGUCGGGCUGAGCCCAAGCACGCCUGCUGCAGUGGAGUGAUGAAGGAUUGAGACACAAGAGUAAAGCUUUUGACAGCGAGCAUAUUCACACGUAUGGACUAUUUAUAGCAGGCAACUUAGCCAGAUUGGCUGAGCCUUCUGUGAACUGAUUCUGCUGAAACGGAUACAGCCGUCUACUCCACAUUCUCACUAUAUUCACUGUGUUUCUGUGGUAGGACCUAUAGUCGACCUACCCCCCCCCCCCCCCCCCAACGAUGACCCAUCAAAUAUUAAACACUGCCCUUGAUUGUCAUAAGUGUAUUUAGGAGGCUCCUGGCUGGGUAAGAGCGUGACAGUGCUUCAGGCCAAAACUCGUGAACUUUUUCGUAUUAAUUCCAAGUUUUCGAAGUGAUAUUAUUUUCAUAUUUUUAUCGUCUUAGUCCUGUUGCCGUAACUGUUCCCUUUCUACAGUCUUCCUGUGGUCUUUUUAUUUUGCUUGUAGUUGUAGAGGAUGCCCGAGAGGAAAAUUUUCUAAGACAUUUGUUUAUUAUUUCAAUCUGAAGAUGAUGACCUCCAAGUGCUUUGGAAACCAUGGA